UCAAUUUUAUUAUCCAUAUACACAUCAAUAUGUAAUGAUUUUGUUUGUAAGAAUGAGAUGAUGAAUCAAUGAUAAGAGAGGAGCAAAGAUGAUGGUAUAUAAAUAGUUAUUGUUGAGAUGGGGAGAGAGAGGGUUCAAAUUCAAAUCAAUAAGGUGCAAAAUUCCCAUGAAGAAAAUCGAGAAGAACAAAUUUUAGGGUAUCGUUCCCUCUUCUCCAUUCCUCAACCACACUUCUUCUUUUUCAAGGAUUCGGUUGAUCCAAUCUAAGAAGAAGGUGUUUGUUUGGGCAUGGAGGGAUGUACAAAUUGAAAUGAAUUCAAACAAUGAAUCGGUGAAUUUUAUUUGAAUUGUGAUUUUUCAAAGAAAAUAUCGAAACCGCUCCGGUUCGAAUGAAUUUCGGUUCAUGGAUUCUGAAUCUUCGCUGAACAAUGGCGGUUGCGAUUGCAAUUCCUCCACCUCGGCGGCUCAAUCUUCUUCUUCUUCUUCAGCGAAUUGGCUCCGAUCUGUGAAACGGAAGAUUGAUGAGCUCGAAAAGGACACCAGAUUCUCCGUCCCGGAGUUGGAUUCCGUUGAUGAUCCGGUGGCGCGGGUGGAAAUCAGGAACGAAUGCGCCGCGUUGCGGCAAGCGCUCACCACUCAGCAACAAGCCAUACAGAGUUUGUAUGUUGAAUUGGAGGAGGAGAGGGAUGCUGCGUCAUCUGCUGCCAAUGAGACCAUGUCGAUGAUAUUGAAGCUGCAGAGUGAGAAGGCUGAACUUCAGAUGGAGGCGCGCCAGUUCAAGCGCUUCGUGGAGGAGAGGACCUCACAUGAUCAGCAAGAGCUGUUGGCAUUAGAGGAUUUGUUGUAUAGGAGAGAGCAGACCAUUCAGUCGCUCACUCUUGAAGUUGAGGCCUAUAAGCACAGGUUGAUGAGUUUUGGCCUCACUGAAUCUGAGGCUGAGGGUGAUGAGUAUGAGUUUCCACCUUAUGAGUACCCUCCUUUGAAAUGUAAUGUGAUGCAUCCGAUUAUGGAUGUUGCCGAUGAUGAUGAUGAAGAUGGGGGUAUUGAGAAAUAUAUGUUCGGUGAAACACCUAAGGACCGUUUGCGGAACUUGGAAAACAGGAUAUCUCAAAUGGAGAGAAGUCCCACUUAUCACCAAAUGGAUGGGGAUUUUACAGGAAAGAAUAUUCUAGAGAAGGUGAUAGUUGGACAAUCUCCGAGACGGGGUAGGCAUUCCCGGAAAUUUUCGUGUGACUCGUCUUCGUUAUGUCCUGAGAUUAUGAUGGACUCUCCGAGGCUCAACGGUAGCUUUAGGAAGGCAGAUACUGUGUCGGAGGAUAUUUCGAAUUUGAAGAAGGCAGAUAUUGCAUCAGAAGCUGGUGAUGAUAUGACUCCAAGGGUGUAUACAGUUGAUUCUGUGUUCAAAGCUGGAGGUGGUGUUUAUGAUGAUUAUGUAACCACUCCAAGAGACUUUGGGAACCAUGGUGACUUUGAAGAUCCAUACAUGAAGAAGCUUUACAUGAGGCUUCAAGCACUUGAGGCGGAUAGGGAAUCAAUGAGGCAGGCAAUCAUUUCAAUGCGCACCGAUAAAGCACAGCUUGUUAUGCUGAAGGAAAUAGCUCAACAGUUAUGCAAAGAGAUGUCACAGCAAAGGAAAAUGACACCAGGAUCCUUUGUUGGUGGCUUUUCAUUCUUGACAGUUUUUAAGUGGAUAUAUUCAAUUGUUUUCUGGAGAAAGAAACCUCAUCAAAUCAAGUACAUGUUCGGGCUUCCAUCAGAAAGUGUUGGCUUGCAAACGCUCAUUGACGAAGAACCUCAAGUAAAGUCAUGGAGGUAUCUUUCAAAUACACAAGUGGGUGAUUAGUUUACAGGCUAAGCUUGUAAUUGGGAGCACCAAAUGAGUAGUAAUCAUACUCUACGAUGAGAUUUACACUUUCCUCUUUUUACCCCUAGGUUUUUCUUGCUAAAGUUGUAUUUUUUGUAUGUUCUUUUAUUUCUACUGUAAAAAAUUGAAUGUAAUCUGUUUCUCUUCCUGGUUUAUACUUCCUAGUCCCUCCAAACAUUUUGACAUUGUGCUAAAGGUAUCUGGAAAUUGGUCUUGUGUGGGUAGUAAAGGACUCCCAAGAACUUUCAGAGAUUGGUAAAUGUUUCCAUUGAAUGAGCACCUAAGUUUUCUAAUCA